CCAAAUUGGCAAAAUAUCUGUAAUAAGCCGCUGCCCCUCACCCAAUCGCACGAAACCAAUCGCCAUCUUCACAUAGCCUUCUUCUUCCGGUUCCGAUCGCCAAUAGACAGCCUAAAUCCCAGCCCCCGGGAACAGGUGCUGUAGAAGACAAUGGGAAAGAUAUCAUAUAUGAAGUUCAAGGGGAGCCAGAACCUGAGGCUACGGCUGCUUCUCUCCACCCUCUCUGCAACUCCGAUCCUCAUUGAGGACAUACGCUCUGACGCCACAUGGCCUGGCCUCCGCCACCACGAAGUAUCAUUCCUCCGCCUCCUAGAGAAGGUCUGUGAUGACUGCGUGGUUGAAAUCAAUGAAACUGGGACAAAGUUGAGGUACAAACCCGGGAUUGUGAUGGGUGGGAAGAAUUUAACUCAUGACUGUGGAGUGAGUCGCUCAAUUGGAUAUUUCAUGGAACCUUUGAUUGUUCUUGGCUUGUUUGGAAAGAAGCCUCUGAGUAUUAGGCUUAAAGGGAUCACAAAUGAUCCUAAGGAUCCAUCUGUUGAUACCUUUAGAUCGGCUACCUUGCCUAUUUUGAAGCAGUUUGGAGUGCCUUCGGAAGGACUCGGGCUGAAAGUUGAGAGCAGAGGAGUUGCUCCCAAUGGGGGUGGAGAAGUAAUUUUAUCUGUCCCGAUUGUUCAGGAUAGUUUAAAAGCAGUCAGCUGGACUGAUGGGGGGUUGGUAAAGAGAAUAAGAGGUGUUUCUUUUUCUACAAAAGUGUCUGUGCAGUUCGAAAAUACCAUGAUACAUGCAGCUCGUGGCAUAUUGAAUCAACUGCUUGCUGACAUUCAUAUAUUUACUGACCAUAAGGCUGGCCCACAAGCUGGAGAGUCACCUGGCUAUGGAAUUUCCCUUGUUGCAGAAACCACUUCUGGUUGCUUCUUUUCGGCUGACACUGCUGUAUCUUAUGCAGUAGAAGAAGAUGCUAUGGACAUUGGUGAUGAUAAAGAUAGCCAUUGCUUAACCCCUCCUGCGGAUAUUGGCGAGCAAAUUGCUUCUGCGCUACUGAAUGAAAUUGAACAGGGAGGCAUUGUUGAUUCCACACACCAGGGUCUGUUGUUUCUACUUUGUGCCUUGUGUCCGCAAGAUGUUUCCAAAGUUCGUGUAGGUAAACUUUCGCCUUAUGCGAUGGAGACUUUGAGGCACAUCAGAGAUUUCUUAGGGGUUACAUUUGUCAUCGAACCCGAUUCUGAAUCGAGGACUGUCGUACUAAAGUGUUUAGGAUGUGGAUUGAAGAACAUGUCGAGGAAGUUAUCGUGAUGACCAAUGGCAUUCACCCAAGUCCCAAAUACUUUGUAUUCCAUGAAGAAAAAGCAAAGGUCAGAGUAUAACUUAUUGUCCUUGGCCAGAGAAGGUCAUCGAUAGGUAAUGUUAUCAGAUUUUGUUGCAGUAGUUUUAAAUCGAGCCAAGUAAAAUUUCUCCUCUUUAUGGUUGAAUCUGAGAUUGUAAUGUCGUAAACGAUGUUUUUGCUGGCCUUAUCACAAAUUUGUUUGAUGGGUUCUAAUUGUUUUU